AUUACAUAAUGUUUUAGGAGCACAAGACAGGACCCCAACCAUGUCGAACGUACUCAAUCUGGUUGCGCCCAGUUUUAUAGGUAUAUCCUACCUAUCACAAGCGCUGGAAAUGAAGAACCUUCUGGAAACCUACGGUGCUAAGUUUGACCUUCCGGAGAACUUUGAGGAGAACGAGGAUACGUUCUUAGAGUUGCUUCCCCAACUCAUUGAGGCUUACCCCCUGUAUUUUACCAAGUGCGCGGCUGAUACAGAGGUGGAGAGUGCCUUCUUCUCUCUCAUCUCCAUGAUACAGUUACUGUCACAGGUGGACCAGAUAGAAGAAACAAGCAAGAAGCUGAGUAACGCAAUAGUAGCAGACACCACCUCUGAGCGCCUCCCCCUAAAAAGCAAGCUGCUGUCCCAGCAGUUCUCCUGUUACCAGCCCACUCUCAGAUCUACAUACCAGCUACUGGUCAAUGUUCUGAAGCUGGUUGUGCAGACUGGACAGCUGAGACACGCCACUCUCGAUAUCGACCAGAUCAGUGGGUGGAUGGACAAGUGGAAGUGUGACGUACAGGAACAACGUGACAUCUACCGGCUCCUCCACGAGGCCUUCUCCGCAAUCCAACAAGGAGAGAAAGCAAUCCAGGCACUGGUGCUACUGCUCAAACUGUACUCUGAGAAUGAGGGAGUAGAAGCUAAGCCUGAUGCGCACAUCUGUGUUAUCUCCCACAUUGCCCACCCCAACAUAUUCGUCAUGGACCACCUCCUGGACCUACACCCAAUCCGCGCGCUGGACGGACAGCUUUCCCACGAGCUCCUCCAGAUAUUUGUAAACGGAGAUCUCAACGACUACAUUGAGUUCUACAACAACAACGUGGAGUUUGUGGAGAAGCUGGCAGUUACCCACGAGGAGAACUUACGGAAGAUGAGGCUGUUGACCCUGGCUAGCAUGGCCCAGGACUGCAAUGAGAUCGAGUUUUCACAGCUAGUUGACAAGUUGAACCUUGUAACGGAAGAUUUGGAACCGUUUGUUAUCGAGGCAAUUGGUAGUGGACUGAUCAAGGGUAAGAUAAACCAGCCUGAAGGGAAGAUAUUGAUCAGCAGCACCAUUAACAGGACCUUCCUAGAUCCUCAAUGGCUCUUCAUUAAGAAUAAAUUAGAACUGUGGCAGAAGAAUUUAGUUAUUAUUCAGGAAAGCAUGAGAAAGAGCCACAAUUUUUCGGUUCCUAUUGGUGGCGGAUAAUUUGUUUUUAAUUCUCAGUUACAGUAUUUAUUGUAUUGGUUUAUUUGGUGGUACAGGUUGCCAGUUUUAUUCUAGCAA